AUGGCUUCCACAAGAGCACCAUUCCGUGCUCUUUCCAGGGCAAAUAUUCUCCUGAAUUCCAGACGGUCCUGGACUUGCUCUGCUUGCAAAUAUGGAAGUCCUAGGACUUUUCGUGGAUUGGCGACAACUCCAACUCCGACUCCAACUCCGGGGAACUUCAAGAAGCCAUACUAUGUGACCACACCCAUUUUCUACGUUAAUGCUGCACCCCAUGUCGGCCAUUUCUACACCAUGGUCAUCGGCGAUAUCUUGAAACGAUGGCAGGUCCUACUAGGAAACACCGAUGCUCAGUUCUUGACCGGAACCGAUGAGCAUGGAAUGAAGAUCCAGCAAGCUGCCCUUGAAGCGGGGAUGGACACCCAGGCAUUUUGUGACAUGAACUGCCGAACCUUUGAGGCUCUGGCUAAGGCCGCUAACCUUGAUAACGACCAUUUCAUCCGAACGACUGACCCGGCGCAUCGCGAUGCUGUACAAUAUUUCUGGGAAAUGCUUCAACACCGAGGCUAUAUCUACACUUCCAAGCACGAGGGAUGGUACUCUGUCAGCGAUGAGACUUUUUACCCGCAGACACAGGUACAAAACUCCCUGGAUCCAGCAACGGGAAGAAAGAGAAUGGUUUCAAUUGAGACAGGUAAGGAAGUAGAAUGGUCCUCAGAAACCAACUACCAUUUCCGCCUCUCCGCAUUCCAGGAUCGCCUACUUGAGCUUUACAAGAGACCAGACUCCUUCAUCACGCCAUCAAAGUAUGCAACGGCCAUCAUUCAGUCGGUUGAGUCUGGCCUGCAAGACCUCUCAAUUUCACGACCAGCAGAGCGACUCACCUGGGGAAUUCCGGUUCCCGGUGACAAGUCGCAAACAAUCUAUGUCUGGCUGGAUGCGCUUGUCAACUACCUCACCAGGGCAGGAUACCCUUUCCCUCCUGGGCAAGAAAAUACGUCAAUAUGGCCAGCUAAUGUUCACGUUGUCGGAAAGGAUAUUGUUCGUUUCCAUUGCGUCUACUGGCCCGCCUUCCUCAUGGCAUUGGAUCUCCCUGUACCCCGGAACGUUCUUGUACAUGGACAUUGGACAAUGAACCGCGAAAAGAUGUCAAAAUCCACGGGCAAUGUGGUGAAUCCAUUCUUCGCCAUCGAACGGUUUGGGGUGGAUAGCAUGCGGUUUUUCCUGGCCUACCAAGGCGGUCUUGCCGACGAUGCCGAUUAUGAUAAUUCCUACAUUAUCCGUGAUUAUAAGAAACUCCUUCAAGGAGGUAUUGGCAACCUGGCAUCGCGCACUAUUGGGUGCGCCAAAGGAAAACUGCACUCCUACAUCCAGGACGCCACCUCUAAUAAACUUCCGACUCCAACUGCAGCAGAUGUGGAACACCAGACCAUGUUGGUCUCGACACCACCCAAGGUUGCAGAGCAUAUGAAGGGUCUUAACCCGCGCGCCGCCCUGCAGGAAAUCAUGAGCAUCAUUGAGAAGACCAAUAAGUAUUUCCAUGCGACAGAACCGUGGAAGAACCCCAAUCCCCAAUGGGCUCUUUAUAAUGUAGCAGAAUCGCUUCGCAUCUCUGGCAUCUUGCUACAGCCGUUCAUGCCUGCCAAAUCAUUGGAACUUCUGGAACUCCUCCGGGUCGAUACAUCCAAUCCUGCCAAAAUGGGCUUCUCGGCCGCGGUCUAUGGAUCAGAUUCUGAAUACGGCGAGGGUGCCAAGAAGGGUCACCUUUUCCCUCCCCUCCUCACCGAGGAAUAA